AUGGCGGAGCAGUUGUUCACGGAAUCAUUUAUCGAGCAGCCAAGUUUCAUUAGUUACGAAAAUAUGAAGGAGAAAUUGGAACAAACGUUUGCGAUCCCAUCCGUUACCCCAAAAAGCGAUGAUUCCGAACAGUCCGAUAUCCGACAUCUUUGUGUAAUGUCCAUGGAAAUCCUAGCUUUGGUAUCCCGCGGUAUGCCGGUGCCAGAUCCACAAAGCAACGAAAUAGUGGGAAUAUUUUAUUCGAUCUCAACAGAUAUCUGUGCGCAAGAUGAUCAAACUGACGUGGAUGGUGUUCUGCUGAAUAUGGACAGUUCUUUGAUAGGGCACAGUGAACAGUACACAUAUGUGGAAUCAGAAGCUGAACUGCUCGAUGCCUUUGUCAGCAUCAUCAACAAGUACGAUCCAGACAUCGUUGUUGGAUACAAUACGCAACGUUAUUCCUGGGGAUAUCUUGUAGAGAGAGCGCUUGUUAUUGGACGAAAUGUGCUCUCCGAAAUAUCGCGAUAUCCUGUCGACAUAAACGAGUACUAUCGUCCCGUGCAGCAGAGGAGAAGUCGUUGGGUGAAAGACUUGGAUCCGACCCCAAGAGGUCGAAUACUUUUGAAUAUCUGGCGUAUCCUUCGCUAUGAAGUUGCACUCAGGAAUUACGCGAUGUCGAAUGUGGUGGACGCGGUUCUCAAACGUCGAUUCCCGGAGUACUCGUUUAAAACACUUUCGGACUGGAUGCUAUCCUCCGAAGAAGGCCUUAUGUAA